AUGGCGUCUCCCAGCACCAGCACCAGCACAGCUACAGCCACGCGCGUCCCCAACGAUGAAAUCGACCGAGUCUUUGCGCGCACCACAAACCUGGCCUCGUCAGCACUGAAUGCAAAGGUCCUCGCCUGCUCCAACGACUACUUCGCCGCCGCCGAAAACCUGCUCACGCCCACCGCGCCCGUCCACAAACCGGGCGUCUUCGUGCACACAGGCGCUUGGUAUGACGGCUGGGAGACGCGCCGCCACAACCCGGCCCCAUACGACUGGGUAGUCAUAAAGCUGGGUGUAUCCAGCGGGGCAAUUGAAGGUGUCGAAGUCGACACGGCAUAUUUCGUGGGCAAUUAUGGCGAAAAGGCCGAGUUGCAGGGCGCCUAUGCGCCUGACGUUACAGAUGAGCAAAUCGCAAGCCCCGAGUAUACGGGGUGGAAGUCUAUACUCCCCGUCGUGGAGUGUGGACCGAGUCAGAGAAGGGCAUGGAAGAUUGAUUCAUACGACCCUGCGAACCCAACUCCAUACACCCAUGUCCGUCUACUGAUGUAUCCGGAUGGGGGCUUUGCGCGCCUGAGACUCUACGGACAUGCUAUUCCCCCUACAGCAGCACUACAAAAAGAAGGAGGGGAGGAGGAGGAGGAGGAGGAAGAGCUCUCAUCUGCUCUUCUCGGUGGUCUUGCGUUAUCUGCGUCUGACCAGCAUUACACACCAGCCUCGAAUACCAUCUUGCCAGGUCGCGGGAAGGACAUGGGCGAUGGCUGGGAGACAGCUCGUUCCCGCACUGUAGGUCACGUUGACUGGGCGAUAUUCCAACUGGGGCUGCCAGGUACAGUUCGCAGGAUCGUGAUUGACACCAAGGAUUUCCGUGGCAAUUUCCCGCGCCAAGUCCGUGUCCACGGCCUUGUUAAGGCUGAUGAUAAUGAUGAUGUUGGCGGAGAUCCUAGCCACGACCAUCCCGGCUGGGUAGAGCUGCUAAAUAGCGAUAAGAAGACACAAGCUGAUACCGAGCAUGUCUUUGAAGGAGCUGAUCUUGCUGCUGGCGGGGAAGAUAAGAGAGUGUUUACACAUGUGAAGCUGACCUUGAUACCCGAUGGUGGCGUGAAGAGGUUUAGGAUUUUUGGCCGGAGAGCACUCUCGUCUACUAAAUAG